CCUGCUUCAGUCACCAUGGUGGCACACAACAGAGCGCAGUGGCGGCGUAUAUAGCUGCACUUCCCGGGGCCGUUGACCGUAAAAAGCGCACCAUGUUUUGUCCGUGAGUCCAUCUACCUCUUGAAGAAGCGACCAUCAUGAUAUUGUCGUCUGGUUAGCGGACUUUUCUCCCCUCGCUACUCGGAAGGUGUCCUGGUCGCUAGCAAAGUGGUGCCGCCACAAGAAUGGCUGCCUGGCACACUCGCACACUUUGGACUUAGCAGCCUCCUAACUCAGCCUUCUUCCACAACCUGACGCCUUGGAGCUCAACUCACUUCUUCUUUCAGAGGAAUUUAUUGCAAAGCCACUUCCUGGCGACGUCUGGCAAACAAUGGCGUCCUAUGUGGAUAACAGCUUUCGGGCAGCGGUGAUGAUGAAGCCGGCGGAGAGGACGCAACAGGACCUGGAGAUUGUCUACUCCUAUCUUCACGGGAUGGAGGCCUUGUCCAACCUGCGUGAGCACCAGCUGAGGAUCAUGUGUGAGACGGUGCGUUAUGAGCGCCACGAAGCCAAUGAAGUCCUCUACUACCCAGACGACAUCGGCAGCUGCUGGUACAUCCUUUUAUCGGGAUCCGUGUUCAUCAAGGAGUCCAUGUUCCUGCCCAGAAGCAGUUUCGGAAAGCGAUCGGCAGGCAGCCUGAGACGUGGAUGUGAGUGUAUCGUCCUGGAACCCUCAGAGAUGAUCGUGGUGGACUACAUGGAUGAGAAUGAGGAGUACUUCCAGCGACAAGCCUCCCACCGACAGUCCCGCCGCCGCUUCCGGAAGAUCAACCAGAAGGGGGAGAGGCAGACCAUCAUUGACACGGUGGAUCCAUACCCCACUGGAAAGCCGCCCAUAGCCCGGGGGUAUCACACGCUUCCCGCAGACUUCAGCAGACUUCACCUGGCUGACGGCUUGCACCCACAGGUGACCUCCAGCCACUCAGGAUGUAGUAUCACCAGCGACUCCGGAAGCAGCAGCCUGUCAGAUAUUUACCAGGCCACAGAGAACGAGGCUGGCGACAUGGACCUGAGCGGCCUGCCGGAGACGGCCGUCGACUCCGAGGAGGACGACGAUGAGGAGGACAUCGAGCGAGCGUCGGACCCGCUCAUGAGUCGGGAUAUCGUGCGGGACUGCCUGGAGAAAGACCCCAUGGACAGGACAGACGACGACAUAGAGCAACUACUGGAGUUCAUGCAUCAACUGCCGGCCUUCGCCAACAUGACCAUGUCCGUGAGACGGGAGCUGUGUGCCGUCAUGGUGUUCGCCGUGGUGGAGCGUGCUGGCACCAUUGUUCUCAAUGAUGGCGAGGAGCUGGACUCGUGGUCAGUCAUCCUGAAUGGCUCAGUGGAGGUGACACACCCUGACGGGCGGACAGAGAUUCUGUGCAUGGGGAACAGCUUUGGGGUGUCGCCCACCAUGGAGAAGGAGUACAUGAAGGGCGCCAUGAAGACCAAGGUGGACGACUGCCAGUUUGUGUGCAUCGCCCAGCAGGACUACUGCUGCAUCCUCAACCAGGUGGAGAAGAACAUGCAGAAAGUGGAAGAAGAAGGUGAGAUCGUCAUGGUGAAGGAGCACCGAGAACUGGACCGCACCGGGACCAGGAAAGGACACAUUGUCAUAAAGGGCACAUCGGAGCGUCUCACCAUGCACCUGGUGGAAGAACACUCAGUGGUGGACCCUACCUACAUCGAGGACUUCCUGUUGACCUACAGGACUUUCCUCUCCAGCCCCAUGGUCGUGGGCAAGAAGCUCUUGGAGUGGUUCCAUGACCCAAGUCUCAGGGACAAGGUGACACGGGUGGUGCUGCUGUGGGUGAACAAUCACUUCAAUGACUUUGAGGGCGACCCUGCAAUGACUCACUUUCUGGAAGAGUUUGAAAACAACCUGGAGAGAGAAAAAAUGUGCGGGCACCUCCGACUGUUAAACAUAGCGUGCGCUGCUAAGGCCAAGCCGCGGCUGGUGACGCUGACCAAGUCGUCCAGAGAGGCGGCGCUGGCUUUCAGCCUCCUUGGCGGACAGGAGAAAGGCUUCCGCAUAUUCAUCGACGCCGUGGAGCCCGGGAGCAAGGCAGCAGAGGCCGGCCUUAAACGGGGGGAUCAGAUUCUGGAGGUCAACGGUCAAAACUUUGAGAAUGUCCAACUCAGCAAAGCCAAGGAGAUUCUGAAGAACAACACCCACUUGUCCAUAACUGUGAAAACCAACCUGUUAGUUUUUAAAGAUCUGCUAAGCAGGCCCGAGCAGGACCACGAUGUGGACGGCGAGGAGGAGCACGACAGGAAGAACGGGGCGCCCCACCUCCCCAAGAUCGGGGACAUCAAGAAGGCCAGCCGCUACUCCAUACCCGACCUGGCGGUGGACGUGGAGCAGGUGAUGGGCCUGGAGAAGGCCAGCAAGAAGGCCAAGACCAACACUGUGGGAGGACGCAACAAGCUCAAGAAGAUCUUUGACAAAACACUCACCAGCAUUCUUCCUCCUAAACCGUACAACGACGUGUGCGUGGGCCAGUCGCAGGAUGACAGCAUUUUGGGCAUGAAGCAGUCCAAACAGAUCCCACCGGCACUGCCCGUCAGCGGCAACCUGUCGUCUUCAAACCCGGACCUCCUGCAGUCCCACCACCGCAUCCUGGACUUCAACAAUCAGCCUGUCCCGGUCCCCCCGAACAUGUCAGACCAGGUGUUGCGCGUCUUCAAAGCUGAUCAGCAGUCCCGCUACGUCAUGAUUGGCAAGGACACCACGGCUAAGGAGGUGGUCGUCCAGGCCAUCAGGGAGUUUGCCUUGACGGCUGCGCCCGAGGCGUAUUCGCUAUGCGAGGUGUCCGUCACCCCCGAGGGCGUCAUCAAGCAGCGGCGGCUACCAGAGCAGCUGUCCAAGCUAGCAGACAGGAUACAGCUAAGUGGAAGAUACUACUUGAAGAGCAACAUGGAGACGGAGACGCUGUGCUCCGACGAGGACGCCCAGGACCUCCUCCGCGAGGGCCAGAUCUGCCUGCUGCAGCUCAGCACGGUGGAGGUGGCCACGCAGCUGUCCAUGCGCGCCUUCCAACUCUUCUGCGCCAUCGAGCCCACAGAGUACAUCGACGACCUGUUCAAGCUGCGCUCCAAGGCGGGCUCGGCCAGCCUCAAGCGCUUCGAGGAGGCCAUCAACCACGAGACCUUCUGGGUGGCCACCGAGGUGACGCGCGAGCCCAACCAGCUCAAGCGCAUGAAGACGGUCAAGCACUUCAUCAAGAUUGCACUGCACUGUCGCGAGUGCAAGAACUUCAACUCCAUGUUUGCCAUCAUCAGCGGUCUGAACCUGGCUCCUGUCUCCAGACUGCGGGGAACAUGGGAGAAACUUCCCAGCAAGUAUGAAAAGCUCUUUGGCGACCUGCAGGACCUCUUCGACCCCUCCAGGAACAUGGCCAAGUACAGGAAUGUCCUCAACAAUCAGAACCUGCAGCCGCCCAUCAUCCCUCUUUUCCCCGUCAUCAAGAAGGACCUCACCUUUUUACACGAAGGUAACGACUCCAAAGUGGACGGCCUGGUGAACUUUGAGAAGCUGAGGAUGAUCGCCAAAGAAAUCCGUCAUGUGGGUCGCAUGGCCUCGGUCAACAUGGACCCCGCCCUCAUGUUCAGGACCCGCAAGAAGAAGUGGAGAAGUUUAGGCAGCUCUCUGAGUCAGGGCAGCGCAAACGCAGCCGUGCUGGACGUCAACCAGGCGGGAGGCCACAAGAAGCGAGUGCGCCGCAGCUCCUUCCUCAACGCCAAGAAGCUCUACGAAGACGCCCAGAUGGCUCGCAAGGUCAAGCAGUAUUUGUCCAACCUCAGCCUGGAGACCAACGAGGAGAGCCUGCAGACCUUCUCGCUGCAGUGCGAGCCCUCCAUCAGCACGCUGCCCAAGAACGCUGGCGGCAAGCGGCCGGACACGUCCCCUGUGGUGGCCAGAGCAGCCGGACAGCAGAGAGGCCAGCUGGCCAAAGGGAACCAGGCUCUCCAGGUUCCUGCUGUGGCACUUUACCCAUCCCGGAAGAAAGUGCCCGUCAAGGAUCUGCCUCCUUUUGGAACCAGUUCUCCUCAGUCGCUGAAGAAGAUCCUGUCUCUGUCGGAGGAGGCCAGCGAGAGGCAUCGGAGGCAUCCAGAGGACACGACGUCUAACGCCUCCUCUCAGCUCUCCUCGCCGCCCACCUCCCCCCAAAACUCGCCCAAGAAGGGUUACAACCGCAUGGGCGACGCCUACUCGGACUCGGGUCACAGCGAGAUCUCGUCGCGCUCCAGCCUGCUCAGCAACUUGUCCUUCGACAUGGCCCACGACGAGAGGAGGCUGCGACACUCGGGCGGAGUCGGGGAUUCGCACGUGGGAGCGCGGCUAGAACGACGAGCCACCACCGACCCUGACCAGUACAGCCUGGGGUCUUACUCAUCGAUGCAGGACUGUCGGGGGAUUUACGCCGGCUGCCCCACGGUGCUCUCCUCUCCCAGCUCUGAAGAGCUGACCCAGGAUCAGGGCGACCGGGUCUCCCUGGACGCCGCCGACAGUGGCAGAGGCUCGUGGACGUCGUGCUCGUCCGGUUCCCACGACAACAUCCAGACCAUGCAGCAGGGCCGCAGCUGGGAGACGCUGGCCUUCGGAGGGGGGCUCCCCCCCGAGGCCCUACUCGGGGGACCUGCCGCGUUGUGGGCCGCCCAGGCUCGGGGGAGCUGGGCUUCGGCCAGCUCGUCGUCGUCCUCGGCCGCCUACUGGGGGGAGGACUCUGAGGGGGACACGGGCACCAUCAAGAGGAGGGGCGGCAAGGACGUCAAUGCCGACCCGGAGACGAGUAGCAUCACGUCCACCGGGUCAGAGGAGGCCAAGCAGAUCGGCCGGCCGUCGCCAUCGCCCAUCCCCGCUGGCUGCAAAGGUCUGGUCUCCCGGAAAGAGGGGCGCUACCGCGAGCCGCCCCCCACCCCGCCCGGCUACACGGCUCUGACCAUCUCCGACCUCGCCGACGGCCAGCACGCGCCCUCGCCGGCCCCCGCGUCCACCUCCGCCAACAACGCCGCCACCACUACGGCGCCGUCGCGCCGGCCGCCCGACUACACCACGGCGCUGCAGCGCUCGCGCAUGGUGACGCAGUCGCCCGACUCCCAAGCCCACCAGCAGGCGGCCAAGCAGAGGGGGGGCUGCGGGGGCCCUCAGCCCCCCGAGGAGCACGGGGCCAAGGAGGAGGAGGAAGAGGAGGACGACGAGCAGGUGUCGGCCGUGUGAGGCUGGACGGACGUACCAGUGGGCGGGGCUUAGAGAAGGACAGAGGGUUACGCACGUGCCUGCUCUGCCUCCUGAUUGGUGGACUCCUCCUCCUCCUCUUCCUCCCGCCUUAAAGCAUCAUGGGGGGUUGGGCGGCCCUGCAUGCAAAAAAUCCAACAUAUACUGUGAAGAAGAAGAAGAAGAAGAAGAAGAAGAAAAGAAGGUCAAACGCUCGCACGCACUUUGGAUUUGUAGGAAUACACAAGACUCCCGCAAGCAGUGGAUGUGAUGUUUGCACUCCUUGUUCGCCACUCAAGUGUUUGAACCCAGUAUUAGCACACACACUCUUGUAUUUCUUACCUUCUUGACACCUCCCAAACAUGCCUCCCUUUAGUAUUAUAAUCCAAGUGCUCAUUUUACUCAACACAAGUCCAAAUGUUACAAGAAAAACGGAACAUUUGUGCAAUUUUAUGAUAAAAGUUGGAAUUUUGCUCAAUUAACAGUCGCACAUUUACAAGAAAAGCUUCACAUUUUGCCAAUUUUAUGAAAAGUGUCGUAAUUUUAAUCCACAAAAGUCACAAUUUUAUAAGAAAACUUUUAACAUUCUGGCAAUAUUAUAAUAACAAUCGGAAUUUUACUUGGUCAAAUUAUGACAAAACAUAAUUUUGCUCAAAAAGUGUCACUAUUUGACAAGAACAACAAAAACAGCGGCAAUAUUGUGAUAAAAGUCUGAAUUGUACAUGACAAAUGUCACCAUUUUGCAUUGAAAAGUAAUCAUUUUACAUACACAGUUAUAAUUUUACAUAAAGUAAUAAUUUUAUGAGAAAGUAUUGCAAUAUUACAGAAAUAAUAUGAGAGAUGAUCUCCAAUUUUAUAAGAAAAAGUUGACACAUUGUGAGAAAAAGACUGCUUUUAGUUCUUUAUUUUUGUUUUUCAAUUUUUUGUUUGUAAUUGGUUUUUAAUCUUCAUUAUUUACUUAAAGUUAUUACAGUAUGUCUCUCUCUCUCUCUCUCUCUAUAUAUAUAUAUAUAUAUAUAUAUAUAUAUAUAUAUAAUUAUUUUUUUAUUUUUUUUUAAAUUAAUGUUGGCCAAAGGGGGCACAUUUCAAUUUCUUACACACACUUGUUAUUUCAUAUGUUGACCAGAGGGGGAACACUUUUAAAACCAACAGUCAAUUUGAAAAAUCCCUCCUUUUUGGGACCACCCUCAUUUUAAUAGAUUUCACCAGCAGGGGCGCACGUGAGAUCUGUUUUUUGUAACGUGCUUAAGGUCGAUGACAAAGGAGUCAGGGGCCACAGAUGACAAAGGAGUCAGGGGCCACAGAUGACAAAGGAGUCAGGGGCCACAGAUGACAAAGGAGUCAGGGGCCACAGAUGACAAAGGAGUCAGGGACCACAGAUGACAAAGGAGUCAGGGGCCACAGAUGACAAAGGAGUCAGGGGCCACAGAUGACAAAGGAGUCAGGGGCCACAGAUGACAAAUGUGUCAGGGGCCACAGAUGACAAAUGUGUCAGGGGCCACAGAUGACAAAUGAGUCAGGGGCCACAUAUGACAAAUGUGUCAGGGGCCACAGAUGACAAAGGAGUCAGGGGCCACAGAUGACAAAUGUGUCAGGGGCCACAGAUGACAAAUGUGUCAGGGGCCACAGAUGACAAAGGAGUCAGGGACCACAGAUGACAAAUGAGUCAGGGGCCACAUAUGACAAAUGUGUCAGGGGCCACAGAUGACAAAGGAGUCAGGGGCCACAUAUGACAAAGGAGUCAGGGGCCACAGAUGACAAAUGUGUCAGGGGCAAAUGAGUCAGGGGCCACAUAUGACAAAUGUGUCAGGGGCCACAGAUGACAAAGGAGUCAGGGGCCACAUAUGACAAAGGAGUCAGGGACCACAGAUGACAAAGGAGUCAGGGGCCACAGAUGACAAAGGAGUCAGGGGCCACAUAUGACAAAGGAGUCAGGGACCACAGAUGACAAAGGAGUCAGGGGCCACAGAUGACAAAUGUGUCAGGGGCCACAGAUGACAAAGGCGUCAGGGGCCACAGAUGACAAAGGAGUCAGGGGCCACAGAUGACAAAGGAGUCAGGGGCCACAGAUGGCCCCUGUGCCGCACAUUAACAGUUAGCUGUAGCAGCUAAGUGUUAAUGUCCAGUAUAGUCUUAGUAGUGUGGUGUAUGUGUUCAUCCUAUAUGCUUGUCUUACGUCAGCACAGGAAGUGCUCAAAUCAGAUGUUCACCUGGCGGGGAUGAAUAGGGAAGUCCUUCUUUAUCUGGUCUGAUCAUAUAUUGCUGCCUUUGCACCUGGCGGGGAUGAAUAGGGAAGUCCUUCUUUAUCUGGUCUGAUCAUAUAUUGCUGCCUUUGCACCUGGCGGGGAUGAAUAGGGAAGUCCUUCUUUAUCUGGUCUGAUCAUAUAUUGCUGCCUUUGCACCUGGCGGGGAUGAAUAGGGAAGUCCUUCUUUAUCUGGUCUGAUCAUAUAUUGCUGCCUUUGCACCUGGCGGGGAUGAAUAGGGAAGUCCUUCUUUAUCUGGUCUGAUCAUAUAUUGCUGCCUUUGCACCUGGCGGGGAUGAAUAGGGAAGUCCUUCUUUAUCUGGUCUGAUCAUAUAUUGCUGCCUUUGCACCUGGCGGGGAUGAAUAGGGAAGUCCUUCUUUAUCUGGUCUGAUCAUAUAUUGCUGCCUUUGCACCUGGCGGGGAUGAAUAGGGAAGUCCUUCUUUAUCUGGUCUGAUCAUAUAUUGCUGCCUUUGCACCUGUCAAUGUUUACUUUUCUAUGCACAUUCAAUCAACAACAAAUCCUGACUUUGGAGCAAUGUUCACAGACUCUAGUAUUUGGCUCUCUAUUAGAUGCAAUGCUAUUGGGAGCAUGAUUUAUGACAUGACUUGUUCACACCUCCUCAUAUGGAAGCUACUUUUCCUUGUUGAUGUCUCAAGAAGGCUAGAAAUACAAGAACACACACACAACUAGCACUUUGAGCACAAUGCUAGCGGCCUCCUGGACAGCAGGGUAAGAGUGGAUCUUCUACGCGACACUCGCCGGCAGCCCAAAAGCACAAAAACAUGCUGGGAGGGGGCGUGGCCUGAGGACUGAAACUACAAGGGGGCGGGGUCGUCAAUCUUUGCGAGAAGACGACCACAUGGUGUGAAUGUCCAAAGCGCCUUACAAAACCACACGACUGCUUCUUUUUCUAUGCUUUCAAAGAGAAACCCCGCCCCCGGAGCCGCACAGACCCCGCCCCCGGAGCCGCACAGACCCCGCCCCCUCCACUAUGCCUUACUGGAGAUGAUUGCCCUUCUGUCAUGGCCGUCCAAGUGACAUCAUCAAACAUCACAUGACACCCGCCUCGCAACGUGCUGACUGAACAAAUGUUGCCCUUUUUCUAGACUUUGGCGGAGAAGUCAAAACAAAAAGCAAAAGGCUGCCGAUCAGAACGAUACCAUGGAUGAUACAGAAUGAUACCAUGGAUGAUACAUAAUGAUACCACGGAUGAUACAGAACGAUGACAUGGAUGAUACAGAAUGAUACCAUCAGCGACGCGGCUGAAACGAUCAUUAGAAUGUUGUCAUUUUACAAAAGUAAACUUGUGGUUUAAAUGUGUCAAUUACCAGGGUAAAUAAUGUGUCAAUUACCAGGGUAAAUAAAAACAUCUCCAGGCUUGAAAUGACGUGAAAGUAAAGUGAAGGGGAACAAAAAGAGACAUUUGUCAUGUAUGACAACAAUAUCAUAGGAACAAACAACAACAACAGUAUAGUGUAUGAUUUUGUACAAGACACAAGUUUGACUUUUACAGUAAUAAAAUAGAAUUAUCAGGAAAAGAAUAGCCGAAUGUUUGUAUAAUGUCAAUUGAACCUUUCAUAACCAGAAGAAAGUAAUAAUGAAUGAAAGUGUGUAAAUUCCAUGACGUUCCCCCACAGUGAUGCUCCUGGUUUGAAUUGAUCCUGGUAAUUGAUCCUGGUAAUUGUGCAUUUGUUCUGGGCUUCUUUCAAAUGUUUAUUGGACAACAGAAUCUGGUUCCACGCGGCGCUGAUGGUCUUCGGUCUUCAGUCCCAGAUUGAGGCUGAUCACAUUGAUCAGUUUUGGAGAAGAUUUCAAAAGAACGACUGGAUGGAAAAACGUUGCCGUGUUUUCCACUAAAAAUGUGUUUUUUUUCUGGGUAUGGCGGUUUAGUUUGUUGGGUGGUGCGUUCGUGGACUGAUCACUGAGGCGUUCAUUUGCAGAAGUAGCGUUGCACAAAGAGCGUCAAGAUUUGGUGUAGAAGUGCUGCUGUUUUUUUGGCGUAAUGUCGGUGAAGACGUGUACAUUUAGCUGGUGAUGUUCUCUUCUUGUACCAUUUCCACCACUUCCACCUCUAUGUCUUUUACAAAGACCAUUGGCGGAGUACUGUAAUAUCUAUCCUUGUUUGCUUCUGCUUUUCUUUUUGUAUUUUUAAUACAAUAAUUGUACAUAUUGGUUAUAUUUUUGUUGAAAUGUAUUAUUGUUUAUGCCUCAACAUCCAGUUUGUAUGAAAAGCUGGGAUUCAAUAAAUACCGCAUACAGAAUCCAAUCUACACACCUUUUUCUCACUCAGAAGUGGUGUGGAUCAAGUCGUCCACUUUCUGACAUAUUUGCAUAUUUCCUCGCUUUUAGGGGACUUUCAUAUGCAUAUCAGUGCAGCUUGUUUACUUGCCAUAUAUUUAUA